AAGAGAGAUGGUGUAGUCCCGGGAGGGAGUGUGAUGUGAGUGUUCUAUGGAUGAGAACUCACGAGGUAGUCAUGAGAAAGAAGACCGGCUGCCUGCCUGCCUCCAGCAUACCAACAGGCGGAUCCAAUAGUUUGGAGUCUGCUCGUCCGCGUCCACCGCACCUUGUUGUUGUUAUACCCAAUCCACCCAGGGGCCCAGAAGGGAAGGGGGGGUAGGGGGUGGUAGGUGGUAGGUGGUAUGUGGUAGGGGGGAUACAGGAUGGAUGGCCGGAAGUUUCCAGGAAACUCACCCGCUUGCCCGUGGGCGGGAACAAGUGACGAUCAGCAUCCUUCGAGCCCGUUCAUACCACCUUCAUUCCAGCAAGUAGAUGAGCGUCGUCCGUCGAGCCUGGGGUGGGACGAUGCGUUCUGACAUCAGCUCUCCGUCGUCUCCCAAGUCUUUCAGAGAAAUCUCCGUCCGUCUAGCUCGCCCAUGUCCCUCUUCCCCCCCCGUGUAUGAUGAGGGCAAUGGGUUCUCGGUUCGCGUGAGCGGGAAGGACACAUACCUCGAGAUCACCCGUACAUUGUACAUCGUACACUCCAUUCACCGGCAUCCACUCGACGUGCAGCCGUCCCGACGGGCGACGCUGUCUGUCUUCCACCUCUCAGUGGCCAGUUCUCCCCCCUUUCCCCCCCAUUUCCUUCCCCUUGGCUACCGGUGUGAUAUGACAAGAUUCCCACCAGCCGGAGGAGGCUCUAGAGCAUCCAACUCCGCAGGAUUGCCCUCUUCGACCUCCAGGUUCGCGCCACCUGACACGACGAAGAUCCCUGGCAUCAUCAUGCUCGCAGAUGGGGGAAAGGGAAAGGGAAAGGGAAAUGGGGGGGGAGGAGGGUUGCUGAAGCAUACGUAAGGGAAGGUAACCGCAUAUGCCGUACCAAAGAUCACUGGAUGAUCACCGACGCAUAUCCAUCUAUGGGUGGGUGUGUCGGAAAAGUCCAGCACGUCAGCGACCACCACCUCCAUGUUCGUUACCCCCUCUCCUCUUUCCUG